AUGGCGUUUCAUUUCCCAGUGAGAGCUGAGUCAAUAACAUCAGAUCAUUAUGCAGAGACAAUAAUCGAAGAAACCCACCCUCAAGUGAAGAAUAAAAGUGCUCAGGCCACCGUCACCUUGAUGUACCAAGCAAAUAUAGCAGGCUAUAUGCGAAGCGUUACGAUUUUAUGGUGCAAGAACGUCAUAAACCAUUCUCUCACCAUAAUCAUAAACACUGCCGAUGGAGCUUCCCAAUACAGUUGCAAGAUUGAUCUUAAGCUUUGGCAUUUCUGGUGCAAAAAAGGGUAUAAAUCCAUUAAGGUUGAAGGCCACCAAGUCGACGUCUACUGGGACCUCCGUUCUGUUAAUCUCAACGGAAGCCCUGAACCGACAUCGGAUUAUUACGUUGCACUAGUUGCAGAUCAAGAAGUGGUGUUACUGUUGGGGGAUUACAAGAAAAAAGCAUUCAAGAGAACAAGAUGCAGACCUGCAUUGGUGGAACCACUGCUGUAUUACAAGAAGGAAAACGUGUUCGCCAAGAAAAGCUUCGCGACACGAGCUCGGUUCGGCGAGAAGCAAAAGGAGCACGACAUCGUCGUGGAGAGCUCGACGAGUGGCUCGAAAGACCCCAAUAUGUGGAUAAGUAUGGACGGGUUUGUAUUGAUACACGUUAGGAAUUUGCAGUGGAAGUUCAGGGGAAACCAGACGGUUUUGGUGGAUAAACAACCGGUACAAGUGAUGUGGGAUGUGCAUGAUUGGUUUUUUAGCAGCUCCGGAACGGGGAACGGGUUGUUUAUAUUCACGCCCGUUGCGGCUGAAGCCGACAGUGACAUUGAGGGAAGUGGCCACGGAGGGGACAGUGAUACCAGGACCGGGAGUAGGUAUUAUUCCACUGGAAGCCCCAUUAAUACGUGCGAGUUCAGCCUGUGUCUUUAUGCAUGGAAGAUUGAUUGA